AUGCCCCAAAACGAGAAGGCUGCGCUUUUACGCCGCCGAAGUGAAGCUAGGGCUGCAAAGAAAAGAAAAGAAUCAUCGCGUUCUUUUGUUCGUAGUGUUCCACUCGGUUAUGUUGAAAUAGGUGUAUUCUUCCCUAAUUCUUCUUCACGUGGAGACAGUAACAUUCAGGAUAGUCGGAACAACGAUGUUACACUGAAUGAAAUGUUACAACAUAGGUCGAUUGGUUUUGCUAAUGAUCAGGAUGUUCUGAUUAAAGAGGGAUUGGACUUCAUGGCCAGUAGUGGAGCUGCUGUCACUAAUGUUUCUGGUCCUACUCCUCCUUCUGUUGUUCCCAUUGAAUCAAAUCCACUUUUUAUUAUUCCUGAAGAAACUUCACUUAUUGGUGAGCUAGGGAGUGGAAGAGGUAGGAAAAAAACUGGUAUGAUUAUGCAAAGACAAGAACAAUGUGGAUCUUCUCAUGAUUAUCAUGCAACACAGUCUUCUAGGAAAAGGCAGCAACGCAAGAACACCUCAUCAAAAACUUUGACUUGGGGUCCUCAAAACAGUACAGUUCUGCCUAAUGAGAUUAACCAGAGGUUUAAUAUUCAGAAUCAGAAUUCAGAUAAUACUUUUCAUCAUAUGAAUGAGCCAAAUUCAGAAAUCAAUAAUGUUAUCAGCUACAAAUCUUUGGAUCACUUUUCAACAGACCUUGCAUCUUCUUCUACUCAAGUUGAUUCUGAACCUAGAUGUCUCUCUAAAAAGAUAUUCUGCAAUGGAGAUCUUAUUAAGAUUUGCUAUUGUAGUUAUCCAGCCUUGCAAGAAAAUUUAGCUUUGCAACAUCAAGCAAAGGCUGAUGUUGCCAACAGAAGAAAAAGACAUAGAAAUCGUUGUAAUCUUACCGGGGCAAAUGGUAGUGGUGCUAGGACAUAUCUUUCAAGAAUUGAUCAUAUUCCUGAUGCACCUUUACUUCUUCCUAAUGCUCCUGACUGUCAAUAUUGUGGGGCUAAGAGGUUUUAUUUAGAACCUCCUACUUUUUGUUGUUCCAAAGGGGAAAUCUCUAUUGUCGCUCAUCGCAUGCCUUAUGCUCUCAAACGUCUUUUCACAGGAAAUGAUGAAGAGAGUGAUAGGUCUUCUGGAAUUCAGCUAUAUUUUUUUGAUACUGAUGAGGAGCUCAAAAGAAGAGUAGCUAGCUGUGACAAGUUGCGUGAGAGCACUUUAAGGUUGUUGAUGGAUAUUCUUUCUGAGAAUCCUUAUGCUAGAUUUUUCAAAGAUCUCAGAGAUGUGCCAAAUAUUAACAACUUCAACAUUGCUCUUAGUUGCUACCCAACUCUAGACCAGCGUGUAUAUAAUCUCCCUUAUACUUCUCAAGUUGCUGCAAUAUGGACUGAAAGUGAUGACGAGUCUCUUGAUAAACAAGCACAUAUUCUGAGAGAGAGAAGUGAUGCUUUAUGUGAGGAUGAAAUUAAUAUUGAUCCAUUUGCUGUUGAACACUCCUCUGAUUUGAUUGAUCUGGAAAGAAGAGCUGCUGACCAUGGCAAGAAAGAGGAAUAUACUGUCUCGACUAGAGAAUAUUAUUGUUAUAGAUUUCAAAUAAGAGAUAACGAUGAAUCCAUGUUGCUGCACACACUCAGAUUAUUACAGCAAUUUUCUGUUGAUGGCUAUGUAAAGAUUGAAACUUCUAGGUUGGAUUUUCAACGAAAAAGACAGAAUGAUAUUCGGACUGAAAUUCUUGAGGGAGUGAUGGAUAGUCUUUCAGUAGGCCAGACUGCAGGUUCAAAGGUUGGUCGUAAAGUGAUAUUACCAGCUUCAUUCAUAGGCGGACCACGAGAUAUGAGGCUUCGAUAUCUUGAUGCCAUGGCCUUGGUUCAAAAGUAUGGAAAACCUGAUAUUUUUCUUACAAUGACAUGCAAUUCAAUGUGGAAAGAAAUUCAAGACAACCUGCAAUUUACAGAAAAACCUCAAGAUAGACCAGAUCUUUUAUCUAGAGUUUUCAGAGCAAAAUUUGAAAUGCUUAAAUCUGAACUUUUAGAUAAGAAAAUCUUUGGAGAAGUAGCUGCAUGUGUUUAUGUUAUUGAAUUCCAAAAAAGAGGAUUUCCUCAUGCUCAUUUAUUAUUAAUUUUGAAACCACAGUUCAAGUUGUUGAAUCCUCAGUCUUAUGAUAGGAUAGUAUCUGCUGAGCCCCCUAAUCCUCAUCUAUACUCUCUUGUUCAUAAACACAUGAUUCAUGGUCCAUGCGGAGUUAUGGAUCAAACUAGCCCAUGUAUGAGGAAUGGUUCAUGCAAGAAUCAUUAUUCAAAAAAUUUCUGCGAACAAACGGUCCAUGCUGAAGACAGUUAUCCAUGUUAUAGGAGGAGAGAUGAUGGUAAAAAGAUAAAGUUGGUGAAAUAUUUAUACAAAUAUAUCUUCAAAGGACAUGAUCUUGUUAGUUUUAAGAUUGUUACUGGAGGAAGCUCUGAUAAUGUCAAUGAAAUAAAAGAGUUCCAGUAG